AUGGACCAAACACUGAAUGAAACAAAUGAACAGCCAAAAAGCGAACCAAGAAGAACUUUGGCUUUCGCUAGAAAUACAAUUAAGGGAAAUGAUGAAAGAAAUUCAGCUCGUUCAUCAAUAUCAUCUGGAGGAGAAAACAAAAAAGAGAAGCGCAUAACAAGAAUGUUUGAUUCGAUCUCAUUAAAUAAAUCAAGACGUUCAACUUACACUCGACCAACAUUAAGAUAUCUUCCCACUUAUCAAUUGGAGUCUGAAAAUCCUUUCAACCCUUGCAUUGUUAAAGAUUUAUUGAAAGAAAUUGUCGAUUUUUAUGUGGAAACUAACAAAAUUUCAAAGUUUGAUCAAAAUUCAAUAAUUUCAUUGUGUCUUAAUUUAAGCACUGAAAUCUUAAAUCGUGUCAAAGCAAAACGUUAUGAUCGCUAUCGAAUUAUAUCAAACGUUACAAUAUGCGAAAAUCGUAAUCAAUCUUGUGGUCAAACAGCAGCAUUUAUAUGGGAUGCCGAAUCUGAUGGAAUGGCUUUCUAUGUACAUGAAAACACGAAAUUUUUCGUCGUUGCUGUUGUUUAUGGAAUCUAUUAUGAUUAA